UAAACCCCCCUACCUUUUGUGAGUAGUGUUUUUGUAUGUUAGAGAAAUUAUCAGAUAUUAUUGUCAUUACAAAAAUGAAGAUUUUUGUUCUUCUUUUAUUCAUCAUAAACCUUGUUGGUGUUACAUUCAUCCAUGGAUCAAACGACACCGAAAGAAAGUCAUACAUUGUAUACAUGGGGGAGUUAUCACAUGGACUACAAGGGCUAGCCGUGGAAUCGCAUCAUCACAACUUGCUUGCUGAAACUAUCGGAGAUGAAAGUGUAGCGAGAGGAGCUAAGAUCCACAGCUACGGAAAGAGUUUUAACGGUUUUGCAGCGAGAUUAUUGCCUGAAGAAGCAAAGAGAUUAUCAGGGAAAAGUGGUGUAGUAUCAGUGUUUCCGAACACGAUACGAAAACUUCUAACAACAAGAUCAUGGGAUUUCUUGGGAAUGCCUGAAAAUUUAAAGCAACGGAACCUUCAAAGAGAAAGCAAUGUUAUCGUUGGCCUUUUGGAUACAGGAAUUUAUGUUGAUGCGCCAAGCUUCAGUGACCAAGGAUACAGUCCUCCCCCGUCGAAAUGGAAAGGAAAAUGCGACAAAGGCUUAAACUUCACCGGAUGUAACAGGAAGGUGAUAGGAGCAAGGUACUACAACCUAGGAGAAGACACUGGGAUGGAUUUAUCCCCAACCGACCAGGACGGGCAUGGAACACACACAUCAUCAACAGCAGCAGGAAGUUCAGUAAAAAGGGCGAGCUUAUAUGGGCUAGCUAAGGGAACAGCUCGAGGCGGGGUGCCUAAUGGGCGCAUUGCAAUGUACAAAGUAUGUGGUUCCUUUGGUUGCUCAGAUAUGAACAUUUUAGCUGCAUUGGAUGAUGCAAUUUCUGAUGGAGUAGACAUCAUUUCUGUAUCCAUUGGUGGCCCUGUUAAGGAUUUCAUGGACGAUGUGUUAGCUAUCGGGUCGUUUCACGCGAUGAAGAAGGGAAUAUUAACUGUUUGUGCAGGGGGGAAUGAAGGACCAUCUCAAGGGACAGUCAAUAAUAUUGCUCCUUGGAUUCUAACUGUUGCUGCCACUAAUAUGGAUCGGGAAUUUCAUACUAUGGUAGAGCUUGCAAAUGGUGUCAAAUUCAAUGGGAUGUCAAUCAAUACGUUUUCACCCAAGAAAACCAUGUAUCCUUUAACAAGCUCUGCUCUUGCGUAUAACGGCACCGAUAGUCCUUAUCUAAAUAAAAGCACAUGUGAAUCGGGCACACUAAUGGAGAAAAAGGUGAAGGGAAAGAUAGUGUUAUGCUUGGGAUACGUAUCAGCUGAUUGGACGGUGAAACAGAGCCGUGGAGCUGGUACUAUCAUUGCUCUUGAUUACCCGGAAGACACUGCUUCCACCACUCUUAUCCCUGCUUCUUUUGUCUCUGCCAAACAGGGUUAUCAGAUUGCCCAAUACAUUAACUCCACCAAGUCAGCACAAGCUAUUAUACACAAAACUUUAAGUAUUACUACAACAAAGACUCCUGUGGUUGCUUCGUUUUCAUCAAGAGGUCCCAGUCCCCAAACUAUAGCUAAAAACAUCCUCAAGCCUGAUAUAAGUGCACCUGGGAUAGAUAUUCUUGCUGGAUAUACAAAACUGGUAUCCAUCACAAACGACGUACAUGACAAACGAAUCAACUCCUUCAACAUUAUCUCAGGUACUUCUAUGGCUUGUCCUCAUGUCUCAGGUGCUGCUGCCUAUGUUAAGGCAUUCCAUCCAGACUGGUCACCUGCUGCCAUCAAGUCCGCUCUCAUGACCACAGCUAAACCUGUGAAUGGCAGUGGCACAGAAGAUCCGUUGAGUAGUGGAUCUGGGUUGCUUAACCCAGUCGCGGCUGUACAUCCGGGCUUAGUCUAUGACCUCUCACCAAACGAUUACAUUAGGUACCUUUGCAGCGAAGACUACAAUGGAACCACCCUAGCCCUUGUCCACAACAACAACAACAAGUACAACUGCUCGAAAUUCAAGCCUGGACUUGGAGCUGAUAGCCUGAACUACCCUUCAAUGCACCUUCAGCUUGGCGCUAGUGACACACACAUUUCAAAAGUGUUCCAUCGGACUGUAACCCAUGUUGGACAUGGACCUGCAAUUUACAAAUCAAAAGUGACAUCACCCAAUGGUCUGUCUAUCAAAAUCAUUCCUGAUGUCUUAUCAUUCACAAACACACACCAAAAAUAUUCAUUCAAAGUUGUGGUAGAAGGCUCUAUAACGAAUUCUACACCCUACACCCUUACUUCAUUCUUGGAGUGGUUCCACUCCAACAACAUAGUCAGAAGCCCUAUAUUGAUUUUUAGACCAAUAGUCUGACAAAAUUAAUUAGUAGUAGAUAGGAAUUUAGUCACUCUUAGAUUGAACAUGAUUGCUACUUUGGCACUAAUUACUCAUUUUAUCCCUGCUUAAAUUGUUAGCUGUA